CCGACCAGAGAGAGAGAGAGAGAGCUGCACCGAGCCUCAGACAGAGAGAGAAAGAGAGAGAGAGAGAGAGAGAGAGAGAGAGAGAGAGAGAGUGGAAGAGACGGGCACCGGAGAGCUGGUCUGCUGGCUCUUUUCACACCUCAAACGGCCUUUUUUCUCACUCUUUUGUGCUGGAAACUAUCAGCGGGCUGUGAGUGAGAGUGAACCCGGGCUGAGGCGCCGCUGCUGUCCGCCCCACAUGGCUCCUGAUCCGCUGGGAACUUCUCCGUAGAGCCGUGCGGGUCUGGUGCGUUUUGGAGGAGGAAGGGGGGCUGCUGGCUGGAUUAUCACACAGAUACUGCACACAAAAGCCCAGUGGACAAAAACGCUGUGCCGGAGCCCGGGCCUGGCUGCGGGUCGCGUUGGUUUUACGCAGCGCUUCUUUAACUUUUAUAUUUUAAAUGUUGGAGGAGGAUCCUGGGGACAGCAGGAGUGAACCUGGCGGCGCAGCGGCGACCGCCUCCAACUAGAGGGAAUAUGUGGCUCUCGUGGCUGACUUCUGCACUUCUGCUAGGAACUUUGUGUGCAGGACUGAGCCGCGGGGAGGCCAACACCAGGGACUGUUUGUACUACAAUGUCAACUUUGAGAUCGAGAAGACUAAUCAAAGCGGAGUGGAGCGCUGCGAGGGCGAGAAGGACAAACGCUCGCACUGCUACGCCUCCUGGAGGAACAACUCAGGCUCAAUCGAGCUGGUGAAGAAAGGCUGCUGGCUGGACGACUUCAACUGCUACGACCGGCAGGAGUGUGUGGCCACAGAAGAGAGUCCGCAGGUGUUCUUCUGCUGCUGUGAAGGAAACUUUUGCAAUGAAAGGUUCACACACCUGCCUGACAUCACCGGACCAUUGAUCAAAGCCCCACCCCCCAGCGCUGGCAUGUUAAACCUGAUGGUUUACUGCCUGCUGCCCGUCACCAUGCUGUCUGUCGCUCUGCUCACCGCCAUCUGGAUGUACAGACACAGGAAACCUCCGUAUGGACAUGUGGACAUCGCUGAGGAUCCCGGUCCUCCUCCCGCCUCCCCCUUGCUGGGUCUCAAACCUCUGCAGCUGCUGGAGGUGAAGGCCAGGGGACGCUUUGGCUGCGUCUGGAAGGCCCAGAUGAUGAACGAAUACGUGGCUGUCAAGAUUUUCCCCAUCCAGAAUAAGGAGUCAUGGCAGAACGAAAGGGACGUGUUCCUUACUCCAGGUAUGAGGCAUGAGAACAUCCUGAGGUACAUCGCUGCAGAGAAACGAGGGAGUCACCUGGAGGCCGAGCUGUGGCUCAUCACCGAGUUCCAUGAGAGGGGCUCACUGUCAGACUUCCUGAAGGGAAACAUUGUUAGCUGGUCCGAGCUGUGUCACAUAGCCAAGUCGAUGGCGUGCGGCCUGGCUUACCUUCAUGAAGACAUCCCCCGACAAAAAGGAGAGGGACCCAAACCAGCCAUUGCCCACAGGGACUUCAAGAGUAAGAACAUAAUGCUGCGUUCAGACCUCACAGCAGUCAUCGGUGACUUUGGUCUUGCCGUUCGCUUCGAGCCAGGGGAGCCACCCGGAGAGACGCAUGGACAGGUCGGAACGAGGCGUUACAUGGCUCCAGAGGUUUUAGAGGGAGCCAUCAACUUCCAGCGAGACGCCUUCCUCCGGAUUGACAUGUAUGCCAUGGGUCUGGUGCUGUGGGAGCUGGUGUCCCGCUGCAAGUCUGUGGACGGUCCAGUGGAUGAGUACAUGCUACCGUUUGAGGAGGAGGUCGGUCAACAUCCAUCAUUGGAGGACUUGCAAGAGGUCGUCGUCCACAAGAAGAUGAGACCGGCCCUCAAAGACCUGUGGCUAAAACACAGCGGUCUGGCUCAGAUCUGUGAGACAGUGGAGGAGUGCUGGGAUCAUGAUGCUGAGGCUCGAUUAUCGGCUGGGUGUGUGGAGGAGAGGAUCUGUCAGGUCCGCCGCCUCACCACCACCAUCUCCCCGCCUUCCUCUGACCACCACGCCCUGCUGGUCUCCACGCUCCCACAUGUUCCCAUGGUAACCAAUGUGGACCUACCGCCCAAAGAGUCCAGUAUAUGAGGAGGAAGUAAGAAAAGAAAACAAACAAACUUGUUUUGGAGGCCUGACGUUACCGGUGAAGUUCGGUUCAACUUCCUGUGAAAACGACCGAAUCUCACACACACACACACACACACACACACACACACCCACACACACACACACGCACACCAUCUUUUCUCAGUGGAAUUUUACAAUCUGAACCAGAAACAUGGCGUGAAAGCAGCUGCUAUUUGAUCUCUUUGGACUUCUUUUCUUUGAUUCUCUCUACGUCCGUUUUGGACAAAAAUUACCAGCACACGUCCUCGUUUUUCUCAAGUUUUCCUCUUGGUCUUGAUUAAUUCGUGUUUUUUUUUGUUUUUUGUUUUUUUGUUUUUUUCACCAAAUGUGUGUGUGUGUGUGUGUGUGUGUGUGUGUGUUUGUUUAAUGAGAGAACCAAACAUGCUCAUACACACACACACACACACAUACACAUACACACACACACACACACACACACACACACACACACAAACGGGAAAACCCAACACUGAAAUGCAUUCAGGUCCCGACUCAGUGAAUGCUCUUCUCCAGGUACCUCAGCGAAGACUUUCAUUUCUUUUGCUAUUUUCUUUUCUUUCUUUUUUUUAACCAUUUUCGGCGUGCAUUCUUUCUUCUACUCCUCCAGAUCUGGACUUUUCUACCUACCUGGCAACUUUGCAACCGCGUUACCUAGCAACCACCUACCAUCAACCUACCGUUGGGAUGUUUUUUUACUACAAUGCUGCAAAACCCUUGUAGGAACUCCACGACUGUUACGCAACAAAUACCUACUUUAGAACGCUUGUUGUUCUACCUUUUCUCUGACUCAUUUUCUUUUCUGUUUUCCUCCUUCGACCACACGCUACUACUCACACACGACAAACCUUCGGAUCCAACGGGUUGCAUCCAAAAAUACAGGAAACAGGAAGUGAGGUCACAAGGAAAGACUGAAAACACAAAACCCAGAAAGACUGGACAGUGCUUGUUUUAACAGGAAGGUUUCCUCUCUCUCUUCCUUUGUGUUCAGCUGUUCUAACUUGAAGUUGAAGACUGAGAGAGGUCUGACGGAAUUGCUUUUCAGGAACCAGGAGGCGAACGUCUUGCAUGCAGAGAUUUGAUUGGCUGACUGCGUUCAACCACAGCAUUUUGGUUGGCUCAGAAAUAAAACUUCUCAGGUAACCAGGUCUACAGGGGCUGGGGGAGGGGAUUCGACAGGACGCGAUGCCGGCCACAAGUUUUCACGGCUGGGGAGGGGCGGCCAGCAGCAGGUGGGAGGGGCUUAUCUGAGGGUGCUCAAAGCCUAUUGGCUGUCCUGAAAAUGUAAAUUUGCAAGGUGCCCAAACAAGGGGGAACACGUU